UAUCCUUCUACAUAAAGCUGCGGGUGCCCUGUGUGCCCUCCUGACUGGCACAUGGCCUGUCUCUUCCGGAGGGCAAUAGCUGAGCAGGUUUCCCGAAUUGUGGGGUUGCCGUCAGAAACUGUUGCCCAGUCUAUUCGAGCAGUUCCUGUUCACAGAAAGCAUGAAUCACCAGAUUUUCAGCUGUUUGUUAAUUCCUUGCUCGAUGACAGCCAUGCUGAUGCAAAUUCCACAGUACAGGAAAAAGCACAGAAACUUGCAUCAAAGCUAAACUGUGACACGGUAAUCAGUGAGAUUGGUGCUGAUCGGGGUUCAGUGACUUUUAAAGUACACCGGGAUUUAUUAACCAAGACUGUGCUGCAGAAAAUAACCCAAGAUGGCCCCAGGUUUGGUCUUAAUACUGAUUUAUUAUCAAGGAUACCAAAAGGAAAGACUAUUGUGGAAUUUAGUUCCCCCAACAUUGCCAAAAAGUUUCAUGUUGGACAUUUACGCUCCACAAUAAUUGGAAACUAUAUUGCUAACUUGAAGGAAGCCAUUGGAAAUGAAGUCAUUAGGAUAAACUACCUUGGAGACUGGGGUCUGCAGUUUGGUCUUUUGGGUACUGGAUUCAGUAAGUUUGGCAGUGAAAAGGAACUUCGUGAUAACCCCCUAGAACACCUGUUUAAUGUGUAUGUGAAGAUCAACGAGGCAGCAGAACAGGAUGAAAAUCUGAGAUCGUCUGCUAUGGAGUUCCUGAGGAGGCUAGAGGGAGGAGAAGCGCAGGCUGUGUCUUUGUGGACUCACUUUAGAGAGCUAAGCAUACAGGAAUAUGCUAAAAUAUAUAAGAGGCUUGGCAUUCAUUUUGAAGAAUAUUCUGGUGAGUCAUUUUACAGAGAAAAAUCCCAGCAUGUCCUGCAAAUGCUCAGAAACCGAGGAGUUCUAAAGGAAAUGGAGAAUGGCACUGGGGUGGUAGACGUCUCCGAAGGACAGGACAUGUCAACUUACAAAACUGUGGUGCGGAGUGAUGGAACAUCGCUGUAUAUAACCAGAGACGUGGCAGCUGCAAUUGAUCGAAAAGAGAAAUAUGAUUUUGAUGAAAUGAUCUAUGUGACAGACAAAAGCCAGCAAACACAUUUUCAGCACCUGUUCAAGAUUUUGGAGAUCCUUGGGGAAAAGCAUUCAAUUCGAUGUCAUCAUGUCCCUUUUGGGCGAGUACAGGGGAUGAAGACUCGAAAAGGAGAUGUGAUUUUUCUUGAAGAUGUCUUGGAUGAAGCUCGCACAAGGAUGCUGCAAAAUAUGGCAGCAACCAGCACAAGUAAAGACCUUGAAGACCCAGCCAGAACAGCAGAGAAAAUUGGGGCUGCAGCUCUGAUUGUGCAGGAUUUUAAAGGGCCUCUUAUGUCAGAUUACCACUUUGACUGGGAUCGGGCACUGCAGAGUUUCGGAGACACUGGUGUGUUUUUGCAGUACACGCAUGCACGGCUGCACAGCCUGCAAGGUCUUUGGGAAACAAAGGAUCUAACCGACUUCAACAUAUCCUGUUUGCAGGAACCCUCUGUAAUUUCCACAUUGCAGCAUCUUCUCAGGUAUGAUGAAGUAAUACUCCAGUGUCUCGACGACUAUCAGCCAAGAUACCUUGUUAAUUAUCUCAUGGGCCUAGGCCAUCUAGCAAAUGUAGCUCAUCUUGCACUCCCAGUUAAAGGAAGCACACCAGAUGUUGCUCAGGCUCGCCUUCUCUUUUUCAACAAUGUACAGAUGGUACUUGCCAAUACGAUGAAGCUUCUCGGAAUUACACCGGUGACUAAUAUGUAACUAAAACUAUUCAUGGUAUGUCAAUGCUGCUUUUUCUUUCUUAAUAAACUUAAUUUUGAUCUAAAGCGUUUGCAUCAUGUUUUUAGUUAGCUGACUUGGGUUAAGGGACACUCAAAGCACUAAAACCACAGUAUCUAAAUUAAGUUAUGGUGCCGGGAGA